AUGUCAGUCGACCCUCUACCAAGUCCAUACGAUGACGGAGAAAGUGAUCCACAAGUUUGGCUGCUUCCAGUGAGCUUUAAUGAAGCCCGACAUACCGACAAAAUAACUGGCUGCAGCACCUUGGCUCAGCAUGCACAAUCAUGGAGGAUGAAAGAACGGAUGAAGACUGUCAGUGUAGCUCUGGUUCUGUGCUUAAAUGUGGGUGUGGACCCUCCAGAUAUUGUCAAGACUUCACCUUGUGCCAGACUUGAAUGCUGGAUUGAUCCUCUGUCAAUGAAUGGUCAGAAAGCUUUAGAGACAAUUGGAGCUCAGCUACAGAAGCAAUAUGAAAGAUGGCAGCCCAGAGCUCGAUACAAACAAAGCUUAGAUCCAACUGUAGAUGAAGUUAAAAAAUUAUGCACAUCUUUAAGGAGAAAUGCUAAGGAAGAAAGAGUGUUGUUUCAUUAUAAUGGACAUGGUGUACCCAGACCUACAGUCAAUGGUGAAAUCUGGGUCUUUAAUAAGAACUAUACACAAUAUAUACCUCUAUCAAUAUACGACUUACAAACCUGGAUGGGCAGUCCUUCUAUCUAUGUGUACGACUGUUCUAAUGCCAUGAUGAUAGUGGAUUCAUUUAAACAUUUCGCCACACAAAGAGAACAAGAAAUGGAGAGUAAUGCAGUUAAUGGAGGGCAUUGGACAGGUUCUGGUACCAAUACAACCAAACACUGUAUCCAACUUGCAGCUUGUGGUUCUACAGAGUUACUGCCCAUGAAUCCUGAUUUACCCGCAGACCUUUUUACCUCUUGUCUUACUACCCCAAUCAAAAUAGCACUGAAGUGGUAUGUGUUACAGAACAACAGUAAACUUGUUCCUGGUCUCACUCUAGAAAUGGUAGACAAAAUACCAGGGCAGUUAAAUGAUAGGAGAACUAUGUUAGGUGAAUUAAACUGGAUAUUUACAGCUAUAACAGAUACUAUAGCAUGGAAUACACUGCCUAGAGAAUUGUUUCAAAAAUUAUUUCGUCAAGAUUUAUUAGUAGCAAGUUUAUUUCGUAACUUCCUACUGGCAGAAAGAAUUAUGAGAUCGUAUAACUGUACGCCUGCAUCUAGUCCCAAACUACCACCAACAUAUCAACAUCCUAUGUGGCAAGCAUGGGACCUAGCAUUAGAUCUGUGUUUAAAACAACUACCACAGAAAGGAGAAGAGGAAGGGGCUAUAUUAGCUCAUAGUCAUUUCUUUGCUGAACAGCUGACAGCAUUUCAGGUGUGGCUGUCUUAUGGUUAUGAAGAGAGACGUCCACCAGAACAACUACCAAUAGUCUUACAGGUGUUAUUAAGUCAAGUACAUCGGUUAAGAGCUUUAGAUUUACUGGGUAGAUUUCUAGAUCUAGGACCAUGGGCUGUUAGUUUGGCCCUAUCUGUUGGAAUAUUUCCCUAUGUUUUAAAAUUAUUACAAAGUUCAGCGCGUGAACUACGACCCCUAUUGGUGUUUAUUUGGGCUAAAAUAUUAGCCGUCGACAGUUCUUGUCAAGCUGAUUUAGUUAAAGAUAAUGGUCACAAAUAUUUCCUCUCUGUUUUAGGAGAUAGUUAUAUGUCAGCUGAACAUAGAACCAUGGCAGCGUUUGUUUUAUCCAUGAUAGUUAACGAGUAUAGACAGGGUCAGGAGGCAGCUUUACAAGGAAGUGUUAUAUCAACUUGUCUUGUUCAAAUUACAGAUCCAAAUCCUAAAUUUAGACAGUGGUUAGCUCUCUGUCUUGGAAAGGUGUGGGUAAAUUUUGAUAAUGCUAGAUGGUGUGGUGUACGAGAUUCAGCUCAUGAAAAGCUCUAUAAUUUAUUAGACGAUGCUUGCCCUGAGGUGAGAGCAGCAGCAGUGUAUGCGUUGGGUGCAUUUAUUAGUUCCUCCUCCGAGCGUACUGACCAUGCUAAUAAUAUAGAUUUAGGCGUUGGAAUGAAACUAACACAGGUUGGAGCAGAUGGUAGUCCCCUUGUUAGAAAGGAGUUGGCUGUAGCAUUUGGUGGAUUGGUCGUUCAAUUCGAAACACAUUUUGCUGCUGUUGCUACUCAGUUACAAGAUGACGAAUCAAAGAUCAUCAAAACAGGACCCGUGGUAACGGCAGAAACGGCUGCUAGUACAAGUUUAGUAAGUAUGGAUGGUUCAGGGAGUUUCGAGAAUUCUUUAACCAUAGAUAGAGCCAGACGUUAUUCAUCAAGCACUUCACUUGCAGGCACGAUACAUAGUUUUAAUAACGUCUACAUCAAUGUAUGGAAAACUCUACUACAACUAGCUAUGGAUGCUCAUCCUGAAGUAGCUGAUAUGGCCAAGACUAUUGUUAAUUCUGUGAAAUCAAGGGCAACUACCAAUGUAAAAUCAAAACCAGUGCAAAGUGUUGUAAUGACAAAUUCAGCCCCAUCUAGUCCUUCCAACAAACCCCCUGUACAUAUGACAAUAGGAACUCCACCUCAGAACAGUAUAUCUCAUCAUGAAGACAGUAAGAGUACAGAUUCUCCAUCACGACAACCUGGUUCACAUCCUCAUUCAGUUCAAUUCCCUCGCUCUCGUAAACUCUUUGAUAAAGGUCCCAAUCACUUAGAAGAUAAAGAGGAUGAGAUAGUUAAUAAUAAAAUUCCAUCUGAAGUAGCCACAGAAUUCUUUCAAUGGAGUUGUUCUUACUUUGCCAAACCUGUCAUGAGAUUGUCUGAAGACAAGGAUCCUGAAAGUAAGAAAUACCAGGAACGAGAAUUCCGAUUGUACAGAAAUUCUCAGGUUCAACAAGAGGCGAGAGAGGAACAGACACGAGCAGGGUUUAAUAGAUUAGAUGAUCAGAUAUUUGUAAAUAGAAAUCAAGGACUACCAUCUGUUAUAAAGUUUCAUCCUUACGAGUCCUAUCUAGCUGUAGCUGAUAAAGAGGGUGUCAGUAUGUGGGACUGGGAACAAGGCAGUAAAUUGAGUUAUUUAAACAACAUGAAUCCUAAACAAAGUAGAAUUACUACCAUGGAUUUUAUCAAUCCACAUGAUAUCUCUUUAUUAAUGUGUGGUUCAGAUGAUGGUGCUGUGAGAGUAUGGAGGAAUUAUAUGGUGGAUGAUGGUCGAGGAAAAGAAUUAGUCACCUCAUUUCAAGCUUUAUCAGAUAUGUUACCACUAACUAGACGAUCAGGUUUAAUAACAGAAUGGGAACAAGAAACAGGAAUGUUGAUAGCAUCAGGUGAUGUUAGAAUUAUUAGAAUCUGGGAUACGCAAAAAGAACUUAAAAUACAGGAUAUUCCCACUGGAGCUGAUAGUUCUGUGACAAGUUUAUCCUGUGAUUCCAGUGGAAGGUCUUUAAUAAUAGCAGGUUGUGGAGAUGGUACCGUCAGAUUAUUUGACAGAAGAUUGGCUGCUCCUGAAUGUCGAGUAAUGACGUUACAAGAACACAGUAGUAUGGUUUGUAAGGUUCAUCUUCAGAAAGGGUCUGAGGGAAAAAUUAUCAGUGCUUGUACUGGAGGGGAUAUAAAAUUUUGGGAUCCGAGAUUUACAGAAUCAGUAAAAGAAUUUCCAGCUCAGUCCAAUUUAACUGCCAUGGAAGCUCAUUGUAGAGCUGAUGUCAUAGCUUGUGGAGCGUUAAAUCAAUCUAUUGUUAUAUAUAAUCAAUCAGGUGAUAAUCUUAGUACUAUUAAAUAUCACGAAGGUUUCCUGGGACAGAGAAUUGGUACCAUUAGUUGUUUAGCAUUUCAUCCGUUUUUUGUCAAAUUAGCAGCUGGUAGCACAGAUUCCUUUGUAUCAGUGUAUUCUACUCCAGCUCGACGAAGUUGA